CCCACCACGGAGCCCAAUCUCGCCCACACAGUCUCCUCCAUUCCCUCUCUCUCUAAACACAUCCUAUCUUUUUCACGGAGGAGUUACAGAGCCUCUUUCUCUCUCUAUCUAAGAAUUUUGCAAUGGAGGCAAUGAAGAUGAAGAUGUUUGCAGUUGCAUUGAUGCUCAUCACGACGAUGACACUCACCGCCGUCAAAGGCGUCGCCGCCGCAGAUGCUCCUUCACCCAGCCCCACCUCCGACGCCCCAUUCUUUGUACCAACCUUCUUUGCCUCACUUACAGCCCUCGCUUUUGGUUUUGGUCUUCUCCUCUGAAUGCAAUAUUCUCAUGCAUGCUCGCCACUCGCCUUAAUUUCUUUUGUUCGUGUUACAGUAUUUUCCGGUAUCGUCCAAUAAUGUACGAAACAUGUUGCUUUUGAUCUUAUUUAACUUAAUUUUUAUUGUCUUGAAUCUUCUGGUGUAAGAUUUGUAACGUGUGGUGAUUUGCUUUUUUACCAUGGUUCGAGAUGAGGAUGGUAGACAUGUAUCUUUUGACUUGUUUAGUAUUUGAUUUUGAUUUUCUUUAA